GAAAGUAGCCUUAAACUUAAGGCUGAUUGCAGCCUUCCGCCCUAGUACUUUAUAUUACGAUACGCUCUUUACACGUUUCCCUAUGUUCAAACUCGCGAAGUCACUCUUUCGAAGACAACCAUGGCCCAAACUCAACUUUCCGACAUCCGGUUUUGAAGUCGUUAGCGACGCAGUAUUGUUUGAAGAAGAACAGCUUGAGGAGUUCCACAGGGGUGUCUACUAUCCGGUCAACAUAGGAGAUGUCUUUGCGUCGAAGUACCAAGUAGUAGGCAAACUUGGUUUUGGUGUUACGUCAACUGUUUGGCUGGCCCGUGAUCUGAAUCACCAUGCUUACACGACCUUGAAAGUUUUCAUAAGAGAGGGAAUGGAUGAAGAUGAGUACAGCAUGUACAGUAUCUUAAGCCAAGGCAAUGCUUCGCAUCCAGGGUACAAUCACGUCCGGACAGCUCUUGACUUGUUUACUAUUCCCCGACAAGGUGGCGAUCAUCGAUGUCUUGUCCAGACACCAAUGUGGGAUAGUUUCAAGGAUCUCUUGAACAGAAACCCUGCGCACCGCUUCACGGACGAGCUGCUAAAAGCUGGUUUGUCGCAAGUGUUCCUCGCACUCGAUUACCUUCAUACAGAAGCCAAGAUCAUACAUACAGACAUAAAAGCCGACAACAUCCUCAUAGAAAUUGAGGACCAGGGCAUCUUGAAAGCCUUUGUUGACGCCGAAAUGACAUCUCCCUCGCCUCGAAAAGUCGUGGACGGCAAGCCAAUCUACGCGACACGCCAGUUCGGGUUGCCGAAAGAGUAUGGCCGUGUUGUCCUUGGAGACUUCGGCUCUGCAGUUCGUGGCGACAAACCUCAGAUCCAUCACGCGCAACCAGAUGUCUACCGAUGCCCAGAGGUCAUGCUGAAGACUGAAUGGGGUUAUCCAGCUGAUAUCUGGAACGUUGGAGCGAUGAUUUGGGACCUCUACGAGAGUAAACAUCUCUUCUACGGCAUCGAUCCAGCUGAAAACCGAUACAUGACCAGGGCUCAUCUCGCGGAACUAGUCGCGAUGCUCGGUCCGCCGCCGACGGAUAUGCUAGAGAGAGGAGCGCGGAGUAAAGAAUUUUUCGAUGGUGAAGGAAAUUGGUUAGCCGAUACAUGUAUACCGCAAGGCUUGACGUUGGAGAGCUCGGAAGAAAAUCUGGACGGAGAAAAAAAGGAAGAAUUCUUGCAGUUUGUGAGGUGCAUGUUGCAGUGGAGGCCUGAGGAUCGGUGGACCGCGAAGGAGUUGCUUGGGCAUCCUUGGAUAAGAGGGAACUUGUAAUCAGGUUGAGCAAGUAUUGAAUGACUCGAAGAUAGAUUGUCUGAAGCUAGAAAUGUGGUUCGGAAGCAUUUGUUGCACGACUUUGGUAAGUCGCGACCCAAGCUUAGACGCUAAAUCCUUGCUGCUAGCUGUGCCGACCAGAUUAGGGAUUUCAACCGAAGAGGUUCGGCUCUAUGUUAGUUUAUUAAUAAGUUAAUAUACUUACUAAUUAGCUAACCUACUAAUAAACCAUUUGAUUUAAGUAUAAC